UGACUCAAAUAAGGUUCGAAUGCGAUCUGUUGACUUAUGCUUUUGUGUACGUUUCCUGUCUUGCGCAUUUCGGUGGGGACAAGUUGAAUCGUUGCUCGCGAUGUCCUGCCGCUGCCUCCGAUUCUGCCGCCGGGUCGACGCCAGGCUCUGCAUCUAUGUCCUCAGCAUCCUCCUCCCGUUUGCUCUGUCUCCUUUAGCAGUCUCAGCUCACAAGGCAAGAAUCAAAAUGCAGUUAUGUUAUGAUUCUGGUUGCUUCUUAUUGGCUGUUGGAGCCAGUUCCGAUAGCAGUCACGGCCUUACUUCCUGUUGUUCUAUUCCCCAUUCUUGGAGUUGUCAACUCGACACAAGUAUGCUCAAAUUACAUGAAGGAACCUUUUUUGAUGUUUAUUGGGGGUUUCAUUGUUGCUAUUGCUGUUGAAGAGUGCAAGCUACAUGAAAGAAUAGCAUUAAAAGUCCUACUAUUGAUUGGAACCGAAAUUAAAUGGUUGAUGCUCGGGUUCAUGUUAACAACUAUGUUCCUGUCGAUGUGGAUUAGCAACAUGGCAACAAUACUGAUGAUGGUGCCAAUCGUUGAAGCGGUUAUUGAGGAAAUUGAUAUCAAGAGCAACCACCUAGCUUUCAGUGAUAAUAAAGGCACGAUUUCCCUUCCUGAAAGAAAGCAAAUGGAUGAUGAUCCAGGGGAAGACAAUUUUCUUUCAAAAACGUCCCUAAAGCAAGAGCGAAAAAUGUCCACUGGUGCUUCCACCAUAAAAGUCACACUGCUUUUGAGCUUGUGUUACGCUGCGAAUCUAGGAGGAACUGGCACCCUUUCUGGUACAGCGGCAAACAUAGUCCUCAAAGGCCUAAUGGAGGAGCUUUACCCAGACAGUGACGAUAUAACUUUCGCUUCGUGGAUGAUGUACAACAUUCCAGGAAUGGUUGUCUGCGUUCUGGUCGGAUGGAUGUACCUUUGGCUGGUGUACAUACGAUUCUCAAAACUUAAUUUUGCACCUGAGGGCAAAAUAAAGGACAUCAUUUCAAAACGCUACUCUGAUUUAGGAUCUCUGACGUCUCAUGAAGCUCAAGUUCUGGUUUUAUUUUUAGCUUUGGUUUUUCUGUGGGUUUUCCGAGACCCAAAAUUUAUACCUGGCUGGGCAUACGCCAUGCGGCCUGAUACCAAAAUUGGUGAUUCCGUUCCUGCCAUUGCGAUAGCGUUCCUCAUGUUUAUCCUUCCAUCGAACAUCGGGGAGUGGAACAGUCCUCGGAUUCUAGAAUGGAAAACAGCUCAGGCGAAAAUACCGUGGGGAGUGCUCAUUUUAGUCGGCGGAGGAUUUGCACUGGCUGAUGCUGCACAGAAAUCAGGUCUUUCGAAGUUUCUUGGUGAAGAACUGAUGUUCUUGGCUGUUCUGCCUCCAGGAGCGAUGGUAGUAGUCGUCUGCCUCGUUACUGCUAUGAUAACUGAAAUAAUUACGAAUACGAUAACUGCUACUAUUCUUCUUCCAAUUUUUAGCCAAAUGGCUGUUUCUAUUGGAGUUAAUCCAUUGUACAUGAUGCUGCCAAUUACUGUUGCCUGCGCAUACGCUUUUAUGCUUCCUGUUGCCACCCCUCCUAAUGCCAUUGUGUUCGAAAGUGGGAACAUGAAGACUCUCGACAUGGCUAAGCCUGGACUAGCAAUGAAUCUAGCUUGCUGUGCUGUUCAACUUUUCAUGAUUAACACGCUUGGAGUUGCCAUGUUUAACCUCAGAGAGUUCCCUAAUUGGGCAAACAGCAGCCGAAUUUCCAUUGAGAGUGCCACGAGUUCUGUACACAAUAGCACUUUCUUCAAUGUCUCUGCAAUGUAUUAAUAGUCUGUGAUGCUAUCACUGUAAAACGUAACGAAGCUGUUAGCGAGAUUGAUAAUUCUUUAUUUUAUCAUCAUACCUUGGACCAUUUUAUUUCCCAAUUUGAUAUUCUUGCUAUAUUUUUAUCUAAUACACCCUUUCGCUGCAUUAUAAUAAAUAUUUUUGUGCCAA